AUGCCCUUGCGCUGCGCCUCGGGCAAGAUGGCGUCGCUGUGGCUGUGGCGGGCCGGGCUGGGCGGGCGGCCGGCGGCCGCUCAUUUGCACCAGGUUUGCUCUCUGCAAGGAAGAGUACAAGACGGCAUUGUCCUGAACAGGUAUCUCUUGGCUAGACCAGCAGCUUCCUUGACUAGACCAAUUGAAGAUUAUCCUCCUCCUCCUCGUCAUCAGAUAUGCACAUUUCACACAUCUGCCAGGAGUUUGGCUGGUUCAAAGGCCGCCUCUCUCCAUUGGACCAGCGAGCGAGCAGUCAGCAUCCUCCUGCUUGGACUCCUGCCAGCAGCCUAUCUGUAUCCUGGAGCAGCUGUGGAUUACUCCCUGGCAGCAACUCUCACACUCCACGGGCACUGGGGCCUGGGGCAACUUGUAACUGACUAUGUCCACGGAAAGACCUCCAUUAAACUGGCCAAUGCUGGCCUCUACCUACUUUCGGCAGUCACCUUUGCAGGCCUCUGCUACUUCAACUACCACGACGUAGGCAUCUGCAGGGCGGUGGCGAUGCUGUGGAGCCUCUGAUCCCUGCCAAGAGAGUCCAGCAGCCGUUCACUGCUGCCUCUGCUUCUUUACGCUAUUACCGAGCCCUGGAGGGUGGGCAGGAGAACAACGAAGGGCGUGCUUUGCAUGUAGCAGAACGGCUGCUGGGAAACACCCACAUCCAUGUCCACAGCUGUUGCCAUUCAGAAGAUCUGGGAUCUCUCACUAAGGCGAGAAUUAGACCCGAAGGAAGCUGGGGAAAAGCACCCAGGCAAAGCUUUGGCUUAUGCUGGGAGCCUCUGCAGAUGGGAGGCCCUUGACCUUUCAAACUGCAGGCUCAGCUCAGCAUCAUUCAUGUUGAUAAUCCUGUCUCGAGUUUCUGGCUCUCUUGUUGCAAACGAAUGAAGUAUGUACAUGGCAUCUUGCACAAUGAAAAAGGGAAGUCUAAACUAUGUACAAUAAAGGAUUUGUAGAACCUGCAA